AUGACAGUAGCUGAUGCAUGCUCUUGCGCUAAUUUCAACGAUGUUCGAAAUUUGGAUGUGAAAGAGCUUGCAAUCAGUUCGAUAACAGUGAACGGAAUUGAUGUACGAUAUCGUAUUUCACCAAACGCAUACUCUUUCUAUGGCAGCACGCUUAAAGUUUAUCUUCCGGAAGAACUAUCAAAAGCUGCCAGUACCGUAAUACUUGAACAUUUCAGCGCAGUGCUUAUCAAGUAUAGUACCUCAAAGGAAGCAAGUGCUCUGCAGUGGUUAAAAGUUGCACAAACAGCAGAUAAGUUAGCACCGUAUCUGCUCAGUCAAUGUCAACCGAUUCAUGCACGUUCAUUGCUACCGUGCAUGGACACGCCUGCUAUUAAGCAAACUUACGAUGCACAGGCAGGAUUUGUUCGUGUUGCAUCGGAUUUGACGUGUCUGAUGAGUGCUUUAUCGUUCGAUAAUCCUCACGAUGAACACGACCACACGACGUUUUAUUUCCGUCAACCGAUGCCAAUACCGACAUAUCUGAUUGCCAUCGUUGUGGGUCGCUUAUCAAAACGAGAUAUCAGUGAUCGGUGCGCGAUUUGGUCAGAGCCAUCCAUUGCGGAUGUAGCCAAAAAUGAAUUCAUUGAAGUUGAAGAGAUUUUGGGCACAGCCGAAGAUAUCGUUGGCAAGUAUCUGUGGGGACGUUUGGACUUAAUUUGUAUGCCCCCAUCGUUUCCGUUCGGUGGUAUGGAAAAUCCGUGUCUCAUAUUUGUCACACCAACCAUUAUUGCGGGCGAUCGCUCAUUGGUGAAUGUGAUAGCACAUGAAGUGGCGCAUAGUUGGGCUGGUAAUUUGGUAACGAAUGCGAAUUGGGAUGAUUUUUGGUUUGUUGAGUUUGAUUANUCCAUAUUUUGGUCUGCAGUGCAAAUAUCAACUGAUUCUCUCGAGAGAUUCACACCAAUUGACUAUGUGCUCUGUGUCGCUUUAAGGCUAAACGAAGGUUUCGCAACGUUCAUUGAGCGCAAAAUACUUGGCCGACUUGUAUACAAUGAGUUUUCAUCAACUCACAGAUUCACACGAAUGAUCCAGAAGCAUAAGAAUACCGAUCCUGAUGAGAGUUUCUCAGCUAUACCUUAUGAAAAAGGAUCUGCACUUCUACUGCUUAUCGAACAAAAAAUUGGUGAUAAUGACUUAUUCGAUGCGUACAUAAGAGAUUAUAUACGUGAAUUUGCUCUAAAGUCAGUGACUAGUGCACAAUGGAAAGAUCACCUAUAUAAAUUCUUCGAACAAAAACAUGAUAUUCUGAACAGUAUCGACUUCGAUAAGUGGUUCCAUGGUACCGGAAUGCCACCUGAACAACCCAAAUUUGAUACGAAGAUGGUUGACGCAUGUCAAUCGCUAACUAAUAGAUGGAUUCAUGGAAGCACGGAAGAAGUGUCAAGUAUGAAUUCUGAUCAAUAUGACAAGUUGGCUCCUUCUCAAAAAAUUGAAUUCCUUUCAAUGCUUUGGCAGUACGAUGCACCGUUGGAAGAAUACAAAUUGGAGAAACUGAAUGAAUUGUAUCGUUUGAAUGCGACAAGCAACUUUGAAAUUCUUUAUUUUUGGAUUCGGCUGGCUAUCAAAUCACAUUGGGAACCAAUCAUUGAGGUAGCACUGAGUUUCCUCGCUGCUCAAGGACGUAUGAAGUACAGCAGACCAGUUUAUAAAGAUCUAGUGUCAUGGCCAGCAUCACGUGUAAUGGCAAGAGAUCAUUUCCUGAAGAAUCGAAUUUCAAUGCAUCCGAUAGCCGUUGAAAUGAUUGCUAAAGAUUUACACCUGAGGAAUCCAUCCAUGUCUGUCGCAUUUUGA